AUGGUAAAAUACCGACGAAGGUGGCUACAGAAGGCGACCUUGCUUUUCGCAGACGACGGAUGGUCAGGGGCAGGCUUGUUGUGCUUCGUGGCGGCGGGAGUGGUGUCAUCAGACAAGGUGUACCACAUCGUGGAGACGCCGGGAGCACUCGACUUGUUGGCGGAGGAGGGCCCCACCGACAAGUACUACCAAAGGCUCAGGGCAGAUCUGAGUGAGAGAUAUCCAGCAGCCUCAGAGCAUUUGUUGGAUCACCUUGAAGCUCUUGAAGCGUUUUUGGAUAAGAGCAUCAUGGCAGGAGUCACGUUCGGGAUCGACAAGGCCAAGAUAGGAGUGAUCGAAGGGGAGCUCCUGGGCCACUGUGUCGGAAGAUUCGGAGCAAGGUGCAGCCAAGAGAAGACAAAGGCUGUUCAAGACUUUCCUGCCUUACGCGAAAAGUUGCACAUUCAACAGUUCUUGGGUUGUACGAAUUUCCUCCGGAAUUACUUGCCUCCGGAGUAUGCGCAUUGCGCUAAGCUCUUGGGAGAGCACAUGAAGGGAGCAGUUCCUUUCCCGGAGAGUGGUCUCGGAGAAGGAGACACCUCAGGGGACAAGGCUGUUCGAGCGAUCAAGCUCAUGACGCAAAGAGCAAUUGAGCUGGCCGUGUUGGAUGAAGCGGGAGCGAUCACUGGCGAAAGGCCCUUGGAGCAGAUAGCAGAUAGCUCGGGGUAUGCAGUGGGAGGCUCCGCUCUCCAGAUGCAGGCGGACUUGGGAUCCUUUAAAGUCUCGGCCGUCCAUAGCAAGGGCUUAACUCCAGCUCAACAGGCAUGGGCGCCAUUGUCCCUCGAAGGGUAUGCGCAACUGGAAGUUCGGCGGGCUGUGAAGAAGCAGCUCGGUCCGAUCAAGCCGAUUUGCUGGACGGAUCACGCAAACUGGACGCGCCAACAAACGUUGGAGCAAGUCGAACCGAAGCAUCUGCGGUGGCUUAGCGAAAUCCUCGCAGAUGGGUCCGAAUUGAGAAGCCUAGCCGGCAGGAGCGCCAGGCUUGGGGAUGGAUACUCAAGAAAUCCUCCUGAACGGGAUCAGCUGUUGGAACAGAGAACGAAAGACCUAGAAGGGUUGAUCGGUCAGCUGAGGGGAUUCUCGUUGGAAGAGUACCUCUCGGACGUUUCGGAGAAAGUAGCGCUGCCCUGGUCCGUCGGCGACGGGGUGUUGCCAGAUCCUGAACAGGGAAGGAGUGCCGGGAAUGAUCAAGUUGCGGCUGUAGCAGGGGAGCUGGGAGUCUUGAACCGGUCCUUGCGGAACAACAUGUUCGCAGCCGGCGUGAGCAGUGAGAUCCGCGUGCUCUACGUUCCCGUAUACGUGGCUAGGAUCCUGAAGGAAAUGCCUUACACUUCGAAAGGUCGACUUGUUGACAUCAUGGCCAUGCUGCUUCGGGAGAUCGCAAAGCACAUGCCGAACUUCGUGGUCGGUGCCGGUCAAGGAGCGAUAGUGUGCUUGGCGGCAGCUUCGCCAGUAGUGGUGGAGUCGGUGUUGCUGGCCAGAAACGUGCAUAUCACAGAGGCACACAAGGUAGCGAGUGCCUGGGCACAGGUGAAGCUGAUGUUUGGGGCCAACCCGAGGAUCGGAAAAUCGAAACCAGGGGGGCAGCUGCUGAAAGAGGCGUGCCCGGAAUGGUUCACUCCGCACGUCCUGGAGUGCUUGCCCAGGCUCGGCAUGGUAGAAAAAUACGUGCCAGUAAGAGAAGAGAUUGAAGAAUUGCUGAGUUGCGCAGGAGUUAUGCAGGUGAACAGUUUGGAGUCCGUGAUGUGGAGCUCCUGGCUGGAAAGAGACAGCAAGGAACUGUGGGAGCACGAAGGACAGUGCGCCUGCGGUCGGAGGACGCGGCUUUUCGGUCAGUGCAUGCGGUGCAUAGAAGCAGAGCAUGCUGAGGAAUUCCAACGAAGAGCAGACCAAGGAGCUGAGGAAGAAGAUCAGAAUGUGGAAAGGCGGUUUGAAUUGGAAGGAGGGCCAGAUGUAACGGCAAAGAUCGAACCGCUUAUUGAAAGGGAUCCUGUUACCGGGCGUGAAGAACUCAGCGGAACUGCAGAGAAAUGGUUAGAUGAACACCUCAAGAGAAGGAAAGAAAAAGUUGAGGAGCUGAAAGAAGAACCAGAGCUCGCGGUUGGAGCAGACCUGCGGAGCGACUGGUUCAAGUCACAGAGAAGCGACGACAAGUUGAUGUCAGUAAUCCAAAAAUGCCUGAAGAGAACGGAGGAGACAAACAAGUUCCGGCUGGCAGAAGAUGGAUUACUAGAAAGACUGCUGGAACGAGAUGGGCAGAACGGAGAGCUCUGGGUACUGGUGGUACCAGAUGGGAAAGCCCAUUCGAUGAUGAGCUGGAAGGAGUUUUGUUGUCGUCAGGUCCACACCGGGAUCAUGGGAGCUCACAGGAGCGGAGCGAAAAUGCUCGCCAUUCUUCGAAAGGCAUGUUGGUGGGAUGAUAUGGAAAGACAGGAGUUCCGAAGUACGCUGCUGAAAGAAUACUGCGCACUUCUCGGUGUGCGUCAAAAAUUCAGCGGACCUCUUCGUCCGUGUGAGAUGGGAAGGACGGAAAGGAUCCACCAGGAGAUGCAAAAGGUCCUGGGAUUACUGGUACACGACGUGUGCAGAUCCAGGCCGCAUGAGUGGAUGGAACUUUUGGGAGUCGUGGAAUACAUCCUGGACACGACGCCUGGUCCAUCAGGGUUUGCACCGCGCGACUUUGAAAGAGGUUGGAGUCUGGCGAGCCCAUUGGAAAGAGAAUUGAUUGGAAGGGAGACGUUGGAAUUUGAGCCAGUUGAAGAGGCUACCAAAAAGCUCUUCAAAGCUUACAGAGAAAUCCGAGUCAAGGUGCUGGGUUGGCAAGCAGCUAGCGCUGCACAAAGAGCGGAUCGAGCCAACAGGAAGCAACUUUCCGAACCUAUGCGCAUCAUGGCCAAACAAGGAAACCGUGUGGAGUUAGAACCGGUGGUUGCGGACCCAACCCAGGGUCGCCCACGCACGUUGAAGGACGUGCACGUAGAGGACCUUCUGUUGGUUCCUCCAGAUGCGGCUGCAACAACUCCGAUCCGCCCAGCGCACGUGGAAUUGCCAUCGCCAGUCGGGCAGGAUGACCCAGGCUCGGUUCGUUCGCCUGGUUUGAUGGUCGAGCAGCGAGAAGAUCCCGACGCAGGAGCCGCAGGCGUAGUGCCGGAGCGGGCAAACAGGAGAACAAAGAAGGGCAGACUAGCCAGCCUGAGAAUCGGGAGCUAUGUGGCCUAUGCCAUCGAAAGCAUCAAGGCCAAUGUGCCGGCCAACAAACACUUGAAGAGAUGCCGAGUCGGCAAGAUCCUGCAAAUCCGACCUAUGGAACAAGUGCUCCUGGUGCACCGAUAUACUCCUAUCGCGGACGGAAGACUGAGGGUCCGUUGGAAGGAGAUGUAUCUGUCAGAAGCUACGAAGGAAGAAACUCUGAUCCCGAGCUCCCAUCCAGUCCAAGAAGAGGUGCCGCUGCAGCGGAUUAUCACCGAGAUCCACCUGAACAGUGAAGUUAUGAGUCAUGCGGCAGCGCGGCAGAUAGAUGCCAGCGGCUAUCGAGUGGAUGAGAGGCGGUCAGAGGCCUUGCAAAGGGAAGUAGAUGCAGACAGACGGAUCGAGAUAGCGGAUGUCGGGGCAGUGCAGGAAAUGGUGGCCAUGAUGACAGAGUCACCAGCGCACGUCGCAGACAGACCAGGAGACCAUUCGAAGGUUUUCGUGGAUCGGUCCCAAGUGGCUUUGCCUGAUGAUCUAGAAGCCAAGCUGAAAGAAACACACAGGAAAGCCGAGGCGAAGUGGGAUGCAUUAUCCUUGGCCAAGGAUUGGGACCAAGUCUGUUCGGAUUUGUCAUCGUUCAGGUUCAGUGGGGAAAAAUUGGCGGCCGACCCGAGGCGCAAUUCUGAAUACAAAGAAAAGGUCGUCUCCGGACUCGGAUUCUCCGACGCGGAUCGAGAGAAGAAGACUUGGCUUAACCGUGAGGAGUUUUCAGCGUGCCAGGAGGUACUGAGAAGGAAGGCCGCCGGCUUCUGGGUGCCGGGAACUCCGCGGACAACUAUCCGUCAUGUUCAGCAUGACACGACUCCGACAGGACCACCGGUCAAGACACCUCCACACCGGCUGGCUCCAGAAGCAGCGGAGUGGAUUGAUCAAAAGAUUGAAGAAGAAGUGGCGAGAGGACAGUUGGUCCGGGGCAACUCACCAUGGGGGAGCCCGCCAUUUCCUACGAAAGCGGUCGAAGCAGCUCAUAAAAGAGCACGGAAACGACGCAUCGUAGUGGAUUACCGGAGGGUAAAUGCCAGGGUCUUAAGGAACUCAUACUACUCAAGGAAGUCGUCGGAAGUCAUAGCUGAGGCCUCAGGCUCAGCCUACCUGACCCUUCUUGAUGCGGUGACUGGAUUCAAUCAGGUGGAGAACACGGAGCGGGCCAAGCAAGUGUUGGCGCUGGUCUCCAGAGGAGGGCAAUUCCUUCCGACUUGCCUUACGUUCGGAUCACAGAAUGGUCCAGAGGACUUCGCCUUCGUGGUAGAUCGAAUCUACGCACCGGGGCGGCACAGGAGACUACGGCUGAUGAAGGAAUGGCUUCCCUACGUCGAUGACCUGACCAUCAGGACCGGAAGAGUUCUUGAUGGCGUGAUCUACAAGGACUCGGAGGUCACGGCUCGAGUCAGAGAAGCCGUGAGUGUUGCGAAUGUUAGCGAGCAAGACAUCGGAGAGGCGCUCAAGGCCUGCGGUUUCUCGAGCAAAGGCUUGAGCAAAGAGAAAUCCAAGACGGAGCCUGACAGGGACCAACGUCCUGAGCUCCGGUCAGAAGAAAAAGUCGCAGCUGUUCGCGCUGAAGGGGUCGGUAGGAGAGUCCCUCCUAGGUUAAGUAAAGGCAAGGUAACAGGUGUAAUGGGUAAAGAAAAGGAAGACCCCCUGGAAACCCCCUUUCUAGGAUCCCUGAGAACUCCCGAGGCUCUAGAGGUGUGUCUUGCUGCUGCCUCUGCCUGUUGGGAGGUUCAAGGUAGGAAUGGACCCUUACAUGACCGCAGCCGUUUGAGUGUUCGAGCCGACGCGCCGGAGCGGGGUUUUGGCCCUGCCCGUGGCGUGGGGAAUUGGAGCGGACCAAGGUCGCCCAGGAAAGCAAGUACUGGGAGUGAAGACGGUGAAAGCGAGGAGUGCGGGCGUCAGCCGCCUCCUACCAAGAAGAUGGCCGGAGAGGUCAAGGAGAAAGAAGAAGAACCCAGCGCGGAGACGGUGAGGCUGUCGCACCGGCUCACCGCUCUUCUGCGGCAUGGGAAAGUCCACGGUAAGCGCAUGGCCGUGAAAGUGUUAGUGGAAUGCUUCGAUUCCAAAGGAUGGGUACGGGCGAGCCGUGUAGUGGAAUGGCUCCGCCUCCCGCAGCAAGGAGUCGUAGAGACCCUCCAAGCAGCAGUGGACUGCAGUGGUGCCAGGCUGGAAACGGGAAGGACACAAGCGGGAGCCUUUAUGCUCCGCGCCCGUCACAGCUGGUCAAUGGACCAUGUCUUUGAUGGCCUGGCAGAAGCGGCAGAACAGGACGAACCUAUCCAGUUGUUCCAUGGCACGACCUGGAAAGCUUGGGCAGGUAUCGGUCGCAGCUGCCUAAAGAGCGAGCAGCAACUUAAGGGAGGGACAGGAAGAAUCCACGUACACCUGGCCAGGACGCCUUUCUCAGUAAGGCCGGGGAGUGAAGUGAUCAUAUGCAUCAACACCCAGACCUUGUUCAAGCUCGCCAAAGGGUACAGGAUGCCGGUACUGGCAAACGAGAAGGCCGUCUACAUCGGCUUCCCGCUGCCCCUGGACAGCUUCGCCACGGUGUGCGUCGCGUCCGAAGAGGGCAGCGGGCUAGGUGCUGAGUUGGCGGGCAUCAGAGUCCCCAGAGAUCGAUGGGUGUUGGAUAAGAAGGCUCUGGAGACCGGUGAGCCGGAAGAGGCUCUCGAGCCAAAGGAAACGACCAAAGGAGAGGCCAGCGGUUCCAAGAGUCGUUCCGAGGACGCGGCCGGAGCAGCGGAAGCUGCGAGUUCAAAGGGUGAGACCAAGGUUGCAGACAAGAGUGAUGUCAGCCAAGAUAAGCGACCGCCGGAAGCAGCGAUCCAGGAGGAACCAGCGGUGGCCGUAAAGACGGAAGCUGUGGAGUCGGACAGGAGUGCGGUCUCUGACGCACCUCGUAGGGCGGAAGAAGUUAAGCCUGCGGUGACCAAGCCCGGGCAGGCCGACGCAGUCGGCAAAGCGGCUCCGGAAGGACCAAAAGACGCAGGCGCGAAGGCAGCCACUGAAGAGCCAGCUGCUGACAAGUCAGAUUCCACGUCGAGCGACGGUGAGAGCAGCUCGAGCACGGAGCCGAAGGAAGCGGUUCCAAAAGCCGCUCCUGCGGACCGAGCGAAGGUCGCGGAACGAGACCCGGCGGACCGAGGAAGGGUCGCCGAACGAGAUCCCGCGGACCGGCAGGUGACUACAAAAAUGGCGGAAGUCGCUGAACGAAAAGAGGAAGCGCGCUCGACGAGGAAUGUGAAAAGAGCCGCUAGCCCACGAAGAAGUCCCGUGAGCCGUGGACGAGAACAAGUUAGGACAAGGUCAGGCCGCAGUAAGAUGGUCCGAGAAGCCAGCUCUGGACGGGCCACCUUGGACGCCAAGGAAGCGGGGUGGGCCCGAGCUCGAGAGGUUCGCCGGAACUCCGAGUCAGAAGAUGAGUAUCCUAGACAAUCGUUUCGACCAGAUGAUGUUGUACAUGGGUUGUUUGGCCAUUUGUACCUGAAAAGGUUGUGGGCCCAAAUGAGCGUGAAAAAUCGUGAAAAGCUAGAAAUACAAGAAUUAAGCCUUUCUUGCCUGGCUUUGCCAGAGCAGAUGAGGAAAUAA